UUUGUAACUACGUUAUAUAUCUUAACAGAUUAAUCAUUGAAGUUCGCUUUAAGGGUUAACGGAGUUUACGAAAAAGGCUUACGAUUAAAAUUUCUAAACCAAAAGAAACGCCAUAUGAACGGAGAACGACAAAAAGUAGAAACGAAAUAUCGUUUGGUGCCUAUCGAAAGAAUAUUUAACCCUUUCACCCUUAAACGCACUGAUACUUUGAACAUAUCGGCUUGAAAUCAUAUCGAUAAGCAUUUCCUACAUACAUACAUAUGUACUUAUAUAAGAGAAGACAAAUACGCAGAUAUUGUGUGUACAUGUACAGCAGGCUAAUCUCAUAAAUUCGACGAAGUAACAUAAUUUUCGAAUAGACCAAUCGAACUUUGUAAUUAUGAAUUAAGAAAGAAAGAAAGAACAAAAAAAAAAGAACAUUUCCAAUGCUCGUUUGCAAUCACAUUUAAUAUUUGUUAUUUAUUUCAAUAUAUUGCAAUGAGGUAAAUAAUUUGUUAUCGAUAUUGACCGAUCAUUUUUUUUAUUUCUCAAAAUUCUCCACAAAAAAUUCAUCUGAGAAAAAUUAUUCGAGUUAACAUCCCGAAAUUAACCAAAGCACAAAUGAGAGUAUAAUUUACUACGGGAGUGAGACGAAAAUGACCUCGUAGGUUGAUGAUUGCAUAACGAGUGCAAAACGGAAAUGAGCUUUAAUGGGAUAAAAAGGUAUAGGCAUUAUGGUGGUAGGGCAGUAUAUUGCAGAUUGCAUCGCACUCUGCACGGGGACUUUGAACGAGAAGGGAAACCAUCUUUGUUUCUUCUACAACUCUACUCUAUCAUGGAUUUCGUGAUAAUACCGUAUUUUUUAGUAUUAACGUCGUAUGGAUCAGUGAUCAAUGAAACCGACAAUUGGAAGAUAAAUGGCACUUAUUAUCAACCUGAAUACACUUAUUUCGUCAACAUGAAUUACGAAGCAUCAGCGGAAAGAAAUCAACCAGCAAUUUACAAGUUGAAUUUAACGUCCGUAAUGAAAUGCCAAGCGAAAGACUUAAAUAUCCUAUCGUGUUCGUUGGAAAAGAAAAGAUCUGUACUGUUGGAUUUGAAACACGAUACGUAUUUCGAUCGAAUACAAACUAGCAAGGAAAUGUUUGAAAUACGUUUUGACAAAUAUGGAGUCGAUAGCAUUCGAGUGUCCUCGAAGAUCGAUGAAAGCGAAUACAGCUUGAUCAAAUUGAUCGUUAGCCAAUUGAAUAUUGGUACCGAUUUAAGAUCACACAGGUCCUCAUUGAUAUUUUUGGAUAAAGAAAAUUCUACGGCUGGUAGAUGCGACACCCUUUUCAGCAUAACUCAAUUCCCUUGCAAGGAAACGAAUUUUACGAUCGCUGAUUACAAAAACUACAAAAUGCGUACGAUCUUGUACGACUUCUUAAGCGACACGAUUGUUUUGAGAAAAAGAAGGAACCUCAGAAAAUGCGAGAGACCCACUGAAGUAUCACCGAUCGAGAUUAAUAAUUCGGUUAAUCUAACUGUAACAUCAUCUUACAGUGAGAUACACUUUUGCGAAGACUCCUUCGAAAGUUCUACCAUAGUCGAAGGUAAAUCAUUAACCAUCAAUCGCGAUCCACGAACUUCCGUUUUCCGGCAAGUGAUCAAUGUCCGUUUGGAGAACAUCGGAAAGAGCGCAGAAGAUCUAUCAUUUCCUACCGAUGCUGCGAGCGAUAUUAUUUAUUUACAUAAAACUGUCGAAUCUAAUCAUUUCGAUACAUAAUUAUUAUUAAUUAUUUUAUUUCUUUCUUUUUCUUUUUGUUACGAAUAGAAAUAACUCAUUGAUACGCAGAAAAAGAGUAUUAUAUUUAUACAUAUUAACGUAUAACAAUUAAUGGAUGUUUCCUUUUUUAAAUAAAAAUUCUCACUGUCAUUAUUA